AUGCCUUCCGCCAUUUCCCGACGCCAGAUGUCUCCAGAGUUCAAGAUCGGCUACAUGCCAGACUUAUCACCGUCCUUGCUGAACUUUGACGAUCCUCAUCGUUUUAUGCCUUCCGACGACCAAUUGCUCUUCGACAUGGAGGACGUGUCCUUUACUCACGACGCGUCAUCAGGACCAUUUUCGUGGGACUUGAAGAAUGACACGGAUUCUGAUAUCAAGCCCGCCUAUUAUACUGCGGGACCUUCUCCAUUGUCGUCCAACUACGAUUAUCUUUCUCAAGCUUCACCAACUGACAGCUUCUAUGAUCCAUCUGCCUAUUUGACUCAUGAAGACUCCACAUCUUUCGAUAACAAUCUAUUUGGAAGUUGGAUUCAUGAACCAGAAUUGAUUCCCAUUCCAUCACCCGUCGCUCCCAUACCCAUUUCACCCAAUGACCCCCAAAAUCUGGAGCCUUUCUUCACUUUUGGUGAGCGGUCACACUUCCCGCAGGACCAUGGACUUUCUCCCAGCGAAUUUGCCGCUCUGCAACCUCUUCCGAUGUCCCCAUCGUCGUCCUACGAAGAAAGCCACGCUUUCCCUCGGCAACGGGUAGACUCGAUGACUUCCAUUUCUCCCGCUGAUAUCUCGGCAGUUCAGACACCUGAAUGGGUAUCUUUGUUCGAUAACACGGCUACGCCGAGCUCAAUAUCAAUCCGCACUCCUGCUUCAUCUCGCCCGUCUGUACGCCAUUCUCCGAUCUCAUCAGACGGUGUACAACGUAUCAGGAUGCCCCGACGCGCUUCUAUUACCUCUAGUCAAUUAUUUCAGUCGGCAAGCGCGCCAUCUCAUAGCCAUCUCCAGACGCAGUCGCGCUCUGCGUCUAGUAUGGCAAGUCGACGAGCUGAGUCCGUCAGCCUGAGCGAUGACCGAGACGCGACUGUCCGGCGACGGAGGAAAGUGUCGAAUACGUCUGUCGAGGAACACGAGAAGUCUGACAAGCCGAAUGAUUCUGUUCCUACUAAAUCUGCUUUGCGUCCUCCAAAGUUGGCGCCAUCGGCAUGGCAAUUGUAUUUUACCGACUGGAUACAACGACAACAGGCUUCUAAUACGCGCAAGCUCAACGUGGCCCAAGCAGCCAAGGAAGCCGGUCAAGAGUAUGCAUCCCUAAGUGCAGAAGAGAAGGAGCCCUAUAAACUUCGUUCACAGGCGAUGAAGGAAGCUAGAGAGCGUGAACACGCUGCUUACAUGCGAACACUUACUCCAGAUGAUAUCAAGCGCGAGAACGUGUUCCGUGCUGCGCAACGGAAAGCCGGCAAGUCAAGAAAGAGCAACAUCAAGGACCCGAAUGCUCCCAAGAAGCCUUUGAGCGCCUACUUCAUGUUCCUUCAGCGUAUCCGCGCGAAUCCUCAGCUUGUCCAAAAAGUGUUCGGUGAUGAGACAGAGACGACGAAACAGAGUGUUCUUGCUGCGGCGAAGUGGAGAUCUAUGACCGAUGAUGAACGCAAGCCGUUCUUGGCUCAAGCUGAACAAGAGAAGAUGGAAUACGAGGCUGCGCGAAGGCUGUACGAGGAAGGUACUACGGGCUACGGAACGAGUAUCAGUUUCAGCAUAUUGCCAGGAAGUCCCAUCUACCAACCUGCCAAGCUAGAGUCGGAGAGUGAGAGCGACAGUGGCUCUGCUGUAGAUGGCUUUCACCGGUUCUGA